AUGUCUUUCAAUGAUAAUAAUGAUAGCAGCGACAGUGACACUUUUGUGGAUGCUGAAGAUAACUUUUAUGACUCUAAUGGACGACCAAUAUCAUUUCGUUAUUCCUCAGCGGUAAUAUCUUCAAAAAACCGUGACAAUAAUUUCUUAUUAGAACGUAAAAAAACGAUAAAUAAGCAAACAGAAACUCAAAUACCAGUUAUCCCCGAGAUUUCGGUUACCGAUACUUCAUUAGAAGAUGGAGAUAGUACCUCAGUGUUAUUACCGAACGAAGCGGAGCCGGAGCCAGCACCAGAAGAACGAGAAGUUUUUAUAAAUUCCCAAUCAAUAGAAAAAAAAAAUUUCUCUCCAGUUACACGAAGUCCAAAUCAUAAUCACAAUGAACAACAUCCCUUUCCUGGUGAUGAGUCUGAGAUGACCGUUUACAUUAAAGAUCUAGAUACGGGAAAGAGCAUUCCAGUCACCGAUAUUGAAGAGGAGUUAAAGAAAUCAAAUAAUAGCAACACUGAUCCCUUAACCUCUCUUAUAUUGAAAAGAACUACCGAAAGCGAAACAAAUAGUUCUAUCGAUGAUGACGCGACACUACAGGGGAGUGGGAAUUGGGAUAGUUUGGUAGAGACGAAUCUCCAAAAGGACAAUGAAAUUGAAUGCUAUAGUGAUGGAGAGCAACAUAAGAUAAAGGGAAAAGGGAAUAGGCGCAAAUCGUUUUUAACUCGCCUUAAAAAGCGAACUACACGCCAGGAUAAUAUUGAUGAAGAAGAGGAAGGAGAUGAAGAUGCGGUAACCGGCAAUACUGCACCUGUAUUUAAAUCACAGAACGACUAUGAGCAAACACAACCACGCUAUAUAAAAGUGAGAACACGAAACAAGGAUGUAAAAGAAUUUAAUCGUCUAUUUCUUGCGCAAGAACUUUUCAGUUCGUCGUCACCAAGAACUCCGCGAUUCGACCAACCCGGAGAAGAUGGCGGAGCAAUAUGGACGAUGAAGUUUAGUAAGGAUGGUAAAUUUUUGGCGACUGGGGGAAAAGACAAGAUUGUUCGUGUCUGGGCGGUUAUUUCAAGCGAUGAAGAGAGAGAACAUUUUCUGGAGGGGUCCGGAACGAGUGUUUAUGAAGGUCAAAGCGGUUCGAAAUUGGGUGCACCCGUAUUUCGGGAGAAGCCCCUGUAUGAAUAUGUCGGACAUGAUGCCGAUAUAUUGGAUUUGAGUUGGAGUAAGCACACCGAUAUUGUUACAGCGAUUGCUUUUCAUCCAAAGGAUGAUCGAUUCUUUUUAUCUGGCUCAUUGGAUUGUAAAUUACGUUUAUGGAAUAUUCCAGAAAAACGGGUUGCACACUGGAAUGAACUUGCCGACUCGCAAUUAGUCACCGCUGUUGGUUUCACAGCUGAUGGAAAAAUAGCAGUUGCUGGAAGCUUCAGAGGUUUAUGUUUAUUCUAUGAAACAGAUGGACUUAAGUAUAAUACGCAAAUACAUGUGCGUAGUUCUCGUGGACGAAAUUCAAAAGGAGAAAAAAUUACAGGGAUUGAGGCGGUACCAGGAACACCUCCUGGUCAAGAUAAGUUACUUAUUAGUUCCAAUGAUUCACGUAUACGGUUGUAUAACAUGCGUGACAAAUCCAUGGAAUGUAAAUAUAAAGGCUUAGAGAACACUUGUGGCCAAAUUCGCGCUACUUUUAGCGAUGAUGGUCGCUACAUAAUUUGUGGGUCAGAAGAUCGUCAUGUGUACAUAUGGAAUACUGAUCAAUCGAAUCUAACUUCAAUAAAUGGAGCUAGCGGAGGAGGAAAAUGGCUUAAGAAGGACAAAUGUGGUUUUGAGGCAUUUGAAGCGCAUUCACAUAUAGUAACGGUAGCUAUCUUUGCACCGACGCGUACAAAGCAAUUGAUUGCAACGACUGGUGAUCCGAUUUUCGCUCGCACCUUGAAUGUUGACUCUAAUGGAAAUGCCAUUCCUCCAACCAGUCAAACCUACCCAGAAGGACAUAUUAUAGUUUGCGCCGAUCACACUGGCAGCAUAAAAAUAUUUCGUAAUGAUUCAUCAUAUUAUCCUAACAAAGAUCUGGAUUCUAUUUCGAUGCGUAGCACGCGUUCAUGGAAUUCCUCGUUAGGAAGUUUUCUGUCACGUACAAGCAAAGGUAAUAGGCAGCGUCGAUUGAGUGACGCCUCAAGCUUAUAUUCAAUUAGUACAUCCAGCGCAUUGAGCAUUGAUGCAUCUAUUAAUGAAGCUCCUAGCGGUAACGAGGAAAUGCAUUGUGAUGGAUGCGGAUCUACAGAUUUUAAAGCAUUUUUCGCUAAAACAUUAACAGAGGGUAAAUCAUCCCAAAAAUCAAAAUUAGUAUGUGCAAAUUGCGGGCAAAUGGGUAUUACGGCUGAAUGA